GAUUCCCACUCGCCAGCUGUUUUCUCAAAAUUCUAUUUCCCCCAUUUUAAAAUAAUUUUUAUUAUUUUUUAAAAAAAUUCAUUUCUUCACGCGCUACUCCUGUGUUUCAUAUCCCUCUUUUUCUUUCUUUUUCUAUCACAAAACCUCCCUUCUUGGGAUCUAAGAUAACCUUGACUUCAUUUCCCGAAAAGAAAAGGAACUUCCUUGAUAAUGUGAUUCAAUUGGUUUUCUACCAGGUCUUUUCUUGGUUAAUCAUGCUUUGAUACCCAUUUCGAUCUUCCCAAUUUCGUAACUGGGUCGUUCUUUGAUUUUCAGAUUGUUGUUAAAUUUUUUAGCUUUAGCGGUUGAAUCUCUGGAUUUGAUAAUGUAAUUGGAGCUACUGCUGGCGGAAAUUGUUCACCGGCGGGAUUAAUUUUGGGUUUUAGACAAUGGAUAAUCGCAUCGAUGCAGGAGCAAGUUCAUCUUUAAGUUUAUUUGCAGCAUUGUCGUAUGGAGUUGCUUCUAUGGCUAUGGUUUUUAUCAACAAGGCAAUUGUUAUGCAGUAUGCCUAUUCCAUGACCCUUCUCACCGUACAGCAAUUGGCAACUACCUUUCUUAUACACUUUGGUCGACAAUUUGGAUACACAAAAGCCAGAGGUGUAGAUAUGAUAACAGCUAGAAGGCUUCUACCCGUUUCUCUAUUCUACAAUGCAAAUGUGGCGUUUGCUUUGGCCAGCUUGAAAGGGGUCAAUAUUCCAAUGUAUAUUGCAAUUAAGAGGCUUACUCCGCUUGCUGUGCUAAUCGCUGGAUUUUUCUCUGGAAAGGGAAAGCCUACAACUCAGGUGACCUUUUCAGUAUUGCUCACUGCUGCUGGAGUUCUUAUUGCUGCACUUGGAGACUUUUCAUUCGAUCUUUUUGGAUAUAGCAUGGCCUUAACCUCUGUCUUUUUCCAGACCAUGUACCUUGUGUUGGUGGAGAAGUCUGGUGCAGAAGAUGGGCUUUCUUCAAUUGAGAUCAUGUUUUAUAAUAGCUUUCUGUCUCUUCCAUUUUUGCUUUUUCUCAUCAUAGUAACAGGAGAGUUUCCAAAUUCUUUGUCACUAUUAUUUGCAAAGAGUCACUCUUUCUCAUUUUUGGUGACCCUUAUUCUUUCGCUGGUGAUGGGUAUAGCUCUCAACUACACAAUGUUCUUGUGUACCAUUGUUAACUCUGCUCUAACAACAACCAUUGUUGGAGUCCUCAAAGGUGUUGGGUCUACGACUCUUGGUUUUGUCUUGCUGGGUGGUGUGAAAGUACAUGGCUUGAAUGUUACUGGAUUACUUAUCAACACAGCUGGUGGUGUGUGGUAUUCAUGCGCAAAGUAUCAGCAAAGGAAGAACAAACCAGCAAAAUUGAUGUCUGAUCUGGAGGCUCAUCGCAAAUGAACCAACAUUUCUGUCUCUAGGUGGUCACACUUGCUAACUGCUAGUUUUUAUGUUCUCACUGUAUUUCCUUUAAACAUGAUUAGAUUACAUAGUUGUUUAAAUCUUGAUUCCCAAUAUCUCCUCUUUGAAAAUUAAAAAAAGAAGAAGAAGAGCAUGGAUCGAGGGGGGAGAACUAAGAAGCGAUAGUCAUUAUUUUCUUCGAUGUGGAUUCAUUUGUUGUACCUCAUUGAGAUUUGGAUUUAUGUUAUUGGAAAAUGCUUAUGCAAACCCUUUCCAUUAAGUGUUGCUUGUCUUACAUGUUUCCUUUUCUGAUGCCUGGGUUUAAGAUAACUGUCAUGUCUAGACUCUAGACUAGAUCUUCAAGAAACUCUUAUCUCUGAUUUUUUUCGUCGAGAUUAUUUAAGAUUUAGUAGAACAUACCCAUUUGCAAAAUGAGGAUUCAUUAAUGUCCUGUAAAUAAUGUUUCUCAUCUUGUUGGUGCUAAUUGAAUGCAACUUCCGUUUCUGUGUGUGUAUGUGUACAAGGGGAAUGCAGAGAGAAAUAAGAUACAGCGCGAGUU